UGACCCCCGAUGUCUACGACGCGCUGAUCACGCUCGAAGACGACGCGCCAUAUGUUUGUCCGACGUGCGCGGCCAUGGCGACGGGGGACACUCCCGCGAGCUGCUCGGCGACCCGGCCACCAGGCUGCCGCGCUGCCUGCUGACGGCCAGCCCUGAGACCAGAGCACAGACUAACAGGCUUAAAUCUUGCUUUGAUGUAAAAACUGCGGCAAAGACUGAGACUGAGGUCGCCAAUAUGCUUCUGAGCCUGACUCAUUCUGACGUGCGCUUUGGCCGCGACUGCUUUGACACCGAAGCCCUGGAAACGCGAUUUUGUACGGCGGCUCAGGACUGGCGUCAAUGCGCCCUCUGUGCGCUGCAUGGCGACGGGACCCAUAAGCAGAAGCCGUCACUCGGCCGGCUCAUUCCGUUGGGCCCGUCCUCCGAUGAGGAGGCCAGUUGUCACUGGGUGCAUGUCGAGUGCCUGGCCUGGGCCUGGGGCCCGCGCUCUGUUUCGCUUAGCGACCAGAGCAGCCUGACAAUGGUUCGCUUCGAGGGUGUUCUGCUAGAUACCGACAAUGGGACGGAGCUGGCAUGUACAUUGUGCGCUCGUCCGGGGGCUUCCUUCCAUUGCUGCGCCCCGGUGCCGUGCCCCGAUGCCGCCUACCAUUUGCCCUGCCUUUUGCUUGCCGGGAGCCCGUCUCUGUGUGCGCACGAAGAGGAACCGCAGUACUGUGCGGAUGGCGCCGUGCCUUGUGUCCCUCCCAUGCGCCGAUAUUUUCGGCAAUGAUGCCUGCUGACGGAACCGUCGAGUGUGUAUCUUACGACAGUGUGCGUGUCGAAGGGUGUCUUACCAAUUUAAAUACUGGAUUGCCUCCUGCCUCGCAAUUUAUAACUAAAGUCGGCGGCACUGUGGUGCU